AUGGUUCAUACAUUUCUAAUUCUCGAUGGACAUCCCGGGGCAUUUGCGCCCACUCAAAGACCAGAGAACACUCUACUUGAGCCAAAAGAUCAACUUCCACCUUACCCAUUAUGGAGUUGUAUGGUACAGAGUACUUUAGAAUUCUGUCGGAUUGGUUGGACACUUGCUAAAGAUCCUAUCAAUGUGUUGGUUGCAGGCAGAAUACCUAUAGUACUCAAUGACAUAGAUCAACAAACAAUUCAUAGAUUACAACAACAGUUUCCUCUUGUUCAACCCAGAGAAACUUAUCGCGAAGAUAGAUUACAGUUGAGCAUAGAUAAAGUAUUCAGCAUGUUUGUAAAGCAACAAACGGGCAGCAUAAAUCGCUGUCGUUUAGUGUUGGUCGUGAUUGCAAAGGACAACAAUGAAAAGCUAUUUGAAUUUCGUAAUAAUGCAAAUGAAAUGACUAAAGACCUUCGCAUACUAUUACAUAAAGCGGCAGAUAAACAUACAAACCUAGAUCAUGUUCAAGUCGACGUACUUCGAUUAUUUUCUCACUGUGAACAAUUACCUGAAAACAUCAUCAACAAACGAGUAUCUGACAAGUUGACUGUAUCCGUUCACAAUAUACCCAAUGGCUACAAUGACUUGAAUAUGGCUAUGAUGCACUUGGCACAAUUAUAUUUUGAUGUAGAUACGCUCAAUAUACUAAAAAUACCAAUGAAGUCAUCUGAACAGCAGCAAUCAACUCACACAGUAACAUUGUAUUACAAACUCGAAGGACAUCACUUGAUUAACCGGAAAAAGACAGAAACAGAUAAGCCUAUUCAUGACCCAAACUUUUUAAGUUCAAGACAAUUAAGCUUGAUUUACCUCAAAAGAAGCAAAAGAGCCAUUCAAGGCUCAGAAUGGUGUACCUGCAGGCACGUCGUUUCACCUAUGAAGAUGCGUGAUUUACCAACAGAAGUAUAUGUAGACAUGACUUUAAAAGGAAGUAUUUCAUACCUCAUGACUUCUGAGGCAAGCCAAACUUCUAAAUGGACACAUGUUUUAAUGGCUGAAAAUAACAACAUCUACCUUUACUGUUUCAAUAAUGAACUUCAAGAAGAGUUUUCAAGGAUGAUCGAUCAGUCACUAGAACUUGUUGAGGUGAAGCCAGAAGGAAUGAAAAAGACCAAGAGACUGUCGAGUGAAUUGGGGGCAACAGAAUUCGCAGAAAGUGUGCUGAAACCCAAUCUGCACUUGAACGUAGAUGAAUUUUUGACUUCUGUUACAUCCAAUCCUUUGUAUCACUUGAUUCAGAUCAAUCCGACAAAAUAUGCCCCUCAUCACUUGGCAAUGAUACCAAAAGCGUCAUUUAGUACUACUCAAAGCAUCGAAAGAGCGACUCGUCAUAAGCCUGUUGAACCUACAGUCAAGGAAGAGCCAAAGGCCCUAGAUAUAAAAUCUGAGGAUAAUAAAGCGCCUGAAACCAUGGAUAUAGAUCAAGCGUGGAACCAGGUACAACAGUAUGAAAAUAUGACAUUAAGGGAAAAGGAAGAAGUGGCACAAGGUGUCUUGCCUGCAGUCAAACAGACAACAACAGGUGAGGCACAACCCUUCUCACACCAACUCCCUGUUGCUGGUGUUAAGGUGAAUACAAACUUUAGGGGCAGACGAGGUGCGCCUGUCAAGAACACACCUGCAUUGUCUUCUUCUACCUUGACUACUCAACCACCCAGCAUUCAGAAAUACCCUGACCCUACUUUAGCCGUGCCUUACCUGAACCCUAUUCCACCCACGUUAGAAGAGAAAGAGAAUGAGGAAAAACAAGAGUUAGAGAAACUAGGCGAGCCUGGAGCCCACAAGGACUGCCAAUGA